AUGGUGCGGUGGCACGUGCCGGGUCUGUCGACCAGCAGCGGCUCGAGCAUAGAUGGCGUCGCGGUGAAAGGCGACACGGCAAAGCUGCAAAAGCUUCUCAGAAAGGGCGCGGACGUGAAUGCACGUGCGCGUGAGCCGGUGCUGGUGGGACGUCGCCCACUGCAUGCUGCCGUGGCCGCAGGAAACGAGGCCAUGGUCGAGGCGCUCCUUGCUGCGGGUGCUGACGUGGACGGAAAAGACGAUGUGAGUAAUACCCUCUCUUGCAACGCCAUGCAACUGCAUUCUCACCCUCCCUGCCUUCCUAUCCCGUUCCGUCUGGUCGGGCACUUCCUUCCCCCGACUAAUGCGCAUCCCUCGGUCUCAACGUGCGUGAUUUCACUGCAGUUCGGCCGCACGCCCCUUCACUAUCUGGCGGCCAGUCCCUCCCCCCGUCUGGGCAUCCUUUCGCAUCUGCUCAAUGCCGGCACUGACUACGCCAUCAGAGACAGGGGUGGCAGCAUGCCCAUCCACGUGGCGAUGGCAGGAGGUCUCGUGGCAGUGCAGGAGGCGUUGACAGCGUUCGCGUUGGAGCACAGUGCGGAGUUUGCCUUCUACGAGUCGGGGCAGUGGCGCCCCUUCGACGCCGACGCAUCGCGCCUGCUGGGCUUUGAACUCGCCGAGGGCGUCGGCUUCGCUGCCCUCGCCACUGCCACCGGCGCGCACUACAUCGUUGACUUCCAGCAGCAGCUGCAGUUCAACGUGUCGUCCUUCUUCUGCAAGUCAAUCAGCUGGCGAGUGCUGCCCAGCGGCCGCUGGAACCGCCCUUCCAGCCCGCACCAGGGGCUGCACCCGGGCAGCCAGGACCCGCGCCUCAUGUACCGCUACGACCAACAGCUGCGCUCUCUCGCCCAAUCGGGCGUCGACAUCUGCCCCGUCUACUUCUCCCUCACUGGCCUUCCCCCGCACCCCCUGCUCUCGCAACCGGCGCCCAGCGCUCAGUUCGUCUCGCGCCUCUCGUCGUCACCGCGCCAUGAUGGAGAGCAUGGUGAUGGUGGUGAUGGUGAUGAGGAUGAUGGUGGUGAUGGUGAUGCGCAACGGCCGGCUUCUUCCUCUGCUGGAGUGGCCGCGGCUGCUGCUGCCCUCCCUGCUGCUCUAUACAUGUCUGAUGACCUCUCCAGUGAUGUCCCCGACUCCGAACCAAACACCCCUUUGGCUCGGCGUCAACCAGGGCAACGUGCAGCUGAUUCAGAUGACGACGAGCUGCCGAGGCUGCAGGUUCUGAGGUCCGGCACAGAUGAGUACGACGAAAUCGUGGCUCGGUUUGUGGCUGGAAUGCUACGGGAUAGAAAUGACCGCCCCAACAGCAGCUUCCGGCAGAACAGUGUGAGUGGAGGGGUGGUGGAGCAGGAGGAUGGCAUGAGGCCCGUGACAGUGUCAUCAGUGCAGCAGGUGCUUCUGCCUGCUUCCCGCACUCAAGCCUUUGAAGAAGCUGUGAGAGAGCUGAAGGGAGCAAGGGGGGGCGAUGGCAAUGUGCGGCUGGCAUGGCACGGGGCCCCUCGUAUGGCAGUGGAUCGCAUAGUGUCGAGCGGUUUCUCCCUCUCCUCUUCCGCUGCUGCCCGCAAUGGCAGGCUCUAUGGGGAUGGAGUGUACCUGGCACCGGAGAAGAGGGCCUACACGAGUGCAGAGUUUGCGGUAGCGGAUAGCGAGGGCCGCAAGCACAUGCUGCUUUGCCGUGUGGCGCUUGGAUCGAUGGAGGCGAUUCCGUUUGGGUCGUCCCAGCAGCGGCCUAGCAGUCUUUGGUUUGACACGGGAGCUGACAAUGUGAAUGAUCCUUCACGCUAUGUGGUCGCCCGGUCCGCCACCGCGGAGGUCACGAGCUCGUUAGUGACGCCGUCCGCAUCCGCGCAUGGCGGAACCUGCGCGCAGCCGGCGGAAGACCUGCGGAGCGGGAAGAGAAUGCGGACGGAAACCGGCGCAGUUGACGCGGCGUGGGGGGGAGGCGCGGUAGGGCCGGCGACGCCGGAGCACGCGGGGUCGGACUCGUCCGCGGCGGGCGGCGCGUGGGACGUGAGCAACGUGCAGAUAUCGCAGCUGCUGCAGGAGAUGGACAUGUUCUUUCCGCCCGACGACGACGAUCUCAGCGCCUUCGCGCUCGCCUUCGACGACGACCCGCUCGACGCCAGCGCUGCCGCCAACGCCAUCGCCGCCGCGAAUGGCGCUGCGCCUGCGUUUCCCGCGCAGGACUCCAUAGAGGAGAUUCUGAACGGUCUCUCGUCUGCCGGCCCACCGUGCGCCGAUUUGCCGGCGGCUGUUCCUGCCGUGCCGGCCGUUGGUGUUGUUCCGGCCGUUAGCUUGCCGGGCGGCCCGGUGCCCGACGUGCAUGCCAUGCGCCGCGCGGACUCCGCGGACAGCGCGGGGAUCACUCCGCAGAGCCUGUCAGGGCUGGAUAGUCCGCAUAGCAGCUUAACCGCGGGGGGAGCGGGCGGAAGCACUGGAGGCAUGCAGACGCUGACGUCAUUUGAGAGCGCGGAGCUGCGGGGGGACUUUUCGCGCGUUUGCUGGGUUGGGGAAGCAGAGAGGCCCGCGGAGGGGGAGGCGGCUGUGCAAGAAAUGGGAGCGGGACAAAUAGGGGAAACUGCUGUUGCGGGGAGCGCGGGAAACGGGGAAAGUAUGGGCGGGUGGCGCGAGCAAGUACCUGCCACGUCAGCGUUGUCAGGGGGAAACGGUGGCGGGGGGGAUAAUGGCGCAAGCGGAAACGGCAGCAAGGGGGGCGCGAUUCCCGGCGCGCGGUCGCUGAGUCUGGGGAGCCAGUUCCGCCAAAAGCAGAUCCUGCAGACGCUCUCCUCUCCGCCCGCCGCCCCACAGGCGAUGCAGUCGCAGGUGCAGCAGCAGCCUCAGCCGCAGCAGCCGCCGCAGCAGGCGGUGGUGCGUCCCGCAGGCGCAAUGCGUCCCCCCAUGCUGCCACCUCGGUAUUCCCAACAGCUGGCGCAACCGCCCAUGGCGCAGCAGGGGCAACCCCCCAUGGCACAGCAGGGGCAGCAGCAGGGCGCGCAGUCGUGGCAGGGCGGAGAGCGGCAGGGGGGAGGUGCGGGGGGAAGGGGAGGGGGAAGAGGGGGAGGGCUGCUGAGGGUGCCGUCGGACUAUCUGAGGCUGCUGGCGGAGAUAGCUUCUGCAAGCCUGCCCCAAGGAAUGUCACCCGGCGAAGCAGCCACAGCUGGCCCGACGCCUCUGGCUGCGCCCCUGCCUCCGCCCUUCCGCCCAGUGACGUCCCCCAUGGAGGUGGCGCUCAUGGAGUGUGCAGCGGCAGUUGACAGGCGCGACCUGGGGCAGGCGCACUCCCGCAUGUCCGCCCUCGCGCACCUCGUGUCACCGCACGGCACCGCACAGCAACGCCUCGGGUACUUCUUUCUGGAGGCUCUGGCUGCCAGGAUUGCCGGCACUGGGUCGGCUAUCUAUAAGGCGCUGCAAUCCCGCCAGGGCAGCCAGCCCGGUCCAUCCAGCAAGGCAAUGCUGUCUGCAGUAUUGGUGUUCUGUGAGGCAUGCCCGUGGAUCAACUUCGGCCACCUGGUGGCCAACGGCAGCAUACUGGAGGCGGUGGAGGGGGCGAGGAGGGUGCAUGUGAUCGACCUGGGCAUCACGCACGGCACGCAGUGGCCCACGCUGCUCGAGAGCCUCGCCACGCGCCCUGGCGGGCCCCCGCACCUGAGGAUCACGGGGGUGGAUGCGCCUCUCACCGGGCUCAAGCCUUCCUCGCUGGAGGAGACGGGGCGGCGGCUGUCAGCGUUUGCGAGGGUGAUAGGAGUGCCGUUUGAGUUCACGCCCAUCACAGAGCAGCUCGACGACCUCAAGCCGGAGCACUUCUCAGUGAGGAGCGACGAGGUGCUGGUGGUGAACUGCCUGCUGCGGUUGCACCAGAUGCGCGACGAGAGCAGCGCACCGCACGUGCCCAGCCAGCGCAACUGCACGCUCCAGAUGAUCCGCUCCCUCAACCCUGCCAUCGUCACUCUCAUUGAACAGCACGCUGAUCACAACAUACCCUCCUUCCUAUCGCGCUUCCGAGAGGCAUUGCACUACUUCAGCGCUCUCUACGAGUCGCUGGACGCCAGCCUGCCAUGGAACAGCACGGAGAGAGCGCUGGUGGAGGAGAGGAUAUUCGGGCGCAAGCUCGUCAACAUCAUCGCCUGUGAGGGGCGCGAGCGCGUGGAGCGGCAUGAGAGCCACGCCCGCUGGCAUGAGCGCAUGCAGCGCUGCAGGUUCGUGCCGCGCGCUGUCAGCGCUGACGUGGAGGAGAACGCGCAUGUGAGUGCUGACGUGUACUGUUGA